GCAUCUUUCCCUGUUUCUCUCAAAGUUGGGAGGUUUGAUUAUCUUUACUACUGUGAAAAAACCUUCCUCUUCUGUACUCUGAUCUCUGUGUCUAAUAAUACUGAUCUGGAUCAGCCUCACCCUGUGUAGGAGGAAGUGACCCCUCCCAACUGCAUUCUUCUCCGGUGUCAGAGAAUUUUACUUUCAUUUCCUCUUCUUCUGUCAGCGAUGGCGUCUGGUGAUCUGAGAGCUGAGCUGGAAUGUUCCGUCUGUCUGAACAUUUAUACAGAUCCUGUAAACCUGAGAUGUGGUCACAACUUCUGCCGGGUCUGUAUUGAUCUUGUGCUGGAUACACAGGGGGAGGCUGGAGGAUAUUCCUGUCCUGAAUGCAGAGAGAAGUUUCAGGAUCGUCCUGCACUGCAGAGGAACAUAACACUACGUAACAUAGCGGGGAAUUUCCUGUCUGCUCAGCCAGAUCAGGAGGAGUCCAGGGUCUUCUGUACUUACUGUGUGGACUAUCCUGUACCUGCUGUUAGAUCCUGUCUACACUGUGAGGUUUCUCUGUGUGAUAAACACCUGAGAGUCCACAAAAAGUCCCCAGAACACAUCUUAUGUGACCCCACCUUGUCCAUGGAGAGCAGGAAAUGCUCCGUCCAUAAGAAGAUCCUGGAGUAUUACUGCACUGAAGAUGAGACCUGUAUCUGUGUGUUGUGUAUGAUUGGAGGACAUAAAGAACAUAAGAUGGAGUCACUGGAUGAGGCUUCUGAGAAGAAGAAGGAGACACUGAGGAAUGUUCUGCAGGAACUUCUGACAAAGAGAGAGGAGACGGAGGAAAGAGUCCAGAGUCUGCAGGAACACAGGAGGAAAGUAGAAGAAGAAGCAGCUGGUCACACCGAGAGAGUCACUGUCCUGUUUAGAGAUCUCAGGAGACGUCUGGAUGAGCUGGAGAAGAGAGUCCUGAGGGAAAUCUCCGAGCAGGCAGAGCGGAUCUCCAUCUCCAUCCGGGAUCUGGAAAUAAAGAAGGAGGAGCUGUCCAGGAAGAUGCGUCACAUUGAGGAGCUGUGUAACACGACGGAUCCACUGACCCUUCCUUCUGGAUCUUGUGAGCCGCUCUCAGCCCAGAAUGGAUAUUCUACUUCAUGA